AUGUAUGGAGAGGGUACAGAUGAGGAUGAUGAUGAGUUAGCCACUGCUAGGUCUAAGAUAUCUGAUGAUAUGAGAAGGGAAAAGGCUUAUUUUGAGGAGUUAGUAAUGCUGAAAAAACUAGCAGAAAGUAAAGUAGAAGGUGGUCUGAAUUUAGGGGAUGACUUUGAUGGAUACAGUGACUUAGACAGCCCUAGUGAGUCAGAAGAUGAGGAUGAUGUUGGUUACUUAGUUGCACCACAACACCAUAAGAGGGGGAGAGGGAAACAGAAGCAAAACAACAUUGAAACUGAAGAGAGGGAAGCCACUUUUUAUGUUGGGCAACAGUUUGAGAAUCCAAAGACAUUUAGGAAAGCAAUCAUAGAUUAUUCAAUUGAUAAAGGAAGAAACAUUCCAUUUUCUAAAAAUGAUUCCACUAGGGUUUGUGCAGAGUGUGAGCACAAAGAUAAAGGUUGUAAAUGGAGAAUUUGGGCUUCAUGGGAGAGAGGAAGAAGGUCAUUUACAGUGAAGACAUUUGUCAGUGAGCACACUUGUGGUAGGACGCCUAUCAUUAAGAAGAUGACUUCACAUUGGAUUGCAGAACACUAUCAGAAUCUGUUUAAGGUUAACCCUUACAUGAGAGUGCAAGAUCUUCAGGAAACCAUUUGGUUAGAAAAGGGUAUAAGGGUGAGCAAAGACAAGGCUGCCAGGGCUAGGAGAAGGGGUCAAGCACUCAUUGUUGGUGAAUACAAAGAGCAGUAUGCAUUACUCCCAAGGUAUGCAGCUGAGAUACUAAGAAGCAAUCCAGGGAACACAGUGAAGUUGAAGUUGGAUGCAAAUGUGUUUGACAGACUGUAUUUGUGUUUUGAGGCACUUAGAAAAGGGUUCUUGGCAGGAUGCAGACCUUUCAUAUCACUUGAUGGAUGUUUCUUAAAGGGACCAUUUGGGGGUCAAUUGUUAGUAGCAGUAGGGAGGGAUGGAAACAAUCAAAUGUUCCCUUUGGCUUGGGCUGUUUGUGAGGUUGAGAGCACUGACACAUGGAGUUGGUUUCUAGAACUUCUAGCUACUGAUUUAGGCACUAGUGAAGGAGCAGGGUACACAUUCAUGUCUGACCAACAAAAGGGUUUACUUGCUGCUGUUUCAAAUGUGUUUCCACAAGCUGAAAGUAGGGUGUGUGCAAGGCAUGUGUAUUGUAACUUUAGGGGAGUGUUUGGAGGUGGUUUAGAGUACAUAAAACAAUUCUGGACUAUUGCAAAAAGCAACACAGUAAAUCACUUCAAUGAAAACAUUGAAGUAAUGAGGGCUAUUUCACAUGAAGCUGCUGAAGACCUACUGAAAAGGAACUACAAGAAAUGGUAG